AUGCUAAUCGAUGUACUCAAAACAGCCAACCUACCGGACAAUGCGAAAAAAGACGGACGUAGUCCUACGUCAAAACUCUCAGAGGCCAAAGCGAACUCAGGCAAGGAAAUGAUCAAGAUGAUGCAGUAUGUGUUUCCACUAGUGAUGCAGCUUCAGAUUACCGUGAUCAAGGAAUACGGUUUCCCGGCCAAUCGGGAAGGACUAGUGCAGUUCGAGCAGAUAAUCCAGGAGUUUGAGCGCGAGGAUGUGGACAUCGCUCGGCUUCGGUCACAGGUCAGGUCAAUCUAUCUCCAGCCGAUCAACAUUAAUAGUACAAACGACGUGCUGAUUUAAUUUGACUGUAUUUUAAUAAUACGUAAACUAUUUUGCCAAGGACUUUGACUCAUUAUAUUUAUUCCGAUAA